GUUCAAGCAUUGCUCACAACUUAUUUUUCCCCAUCGUCCAAAGUGUGUACCUUUUCCGAGGCGUUUCAUAUGAUUUCAUCUUCCAAUUGGUUCCUGAAAUGGAAGCAGAAUACUUUCCUCCCAAGGAAGAUGUUAUACUGCAGAAUGAGACCCCAACAGAUCUGUUCAUAUUAGUUUCUGGUGCAGUGGAUUUGAUAGCCAAAGUUGAUGGCCAUGAUCAGGUUCUUGGAAAGGCUGUCACAGGGGAAAUCUUUGGAGAAAUAGCUGUUUUGUGUGGAAGACCCCAGCCCUUCACUGUUAGAACCACUGAAGUUUCUCAACUACUACGACUCAACAGGACUGCAUUGAUGAAUAUGCUUCAAGCAAAUGCAGAAGAUAAACAUGUAACAUUGGACAAUCUUUUUCAGCAAACUGAUGGUCUGCUACACAGUGAUUGGCUUCAUGGAGGACCAAAAGGAGCAACUCAGGGCAUGCUGGCCAUGAAAAUAGCUCUGCAUGCCAAUUUAGAGACAUUGAAUAUGGUGGAUUGCAAUAUUCGUAGUUCAAGCUAUGAAGGAGAAACAACUAGGAUAUUGUUGUGA